AUACACUAUAUAUAUUAUUUCUUGUGGUGAAAAAAAAAACAAUGGAAAUAGAUGAAUAGGAACAGUAAUUGUGGCGGGAAUUGUGACCUGCCCCUAACUUAUUUGCCGCCGGAGAUCUCGUCGGGAGGGGUUUGUCAAGCCGUGAACCUUCAAAGUUAAAGGUUUUCUCCCAAAUGUUGGGUUUUUCUCUCACAUUCGAAUCCCUAGGCGCAACGUCGCAGCGGGAAGAGAUACCAAAGCUCCGAAACACGGUCAUCACCAUUGAUGGGAUUGAUGGAGCCGCCUCCGGCGGAGAAGUACGCCGUAUCCGCCGCGCCGUCCUGCAAUGGCACUGCCUCUGCGGUGAAUGGCGGGGAUCCACCGUGCGGGAAGCAUUGGAAGGUUGGGACCGGGGCGGGCGGGAUGCCGCUCGAGGUUGGGACGUGGGUGAUGUGCCGGUGCGCAAUCAGAAGCUCCAUCUCGUGAGUGUCAUCGAGCGACACAAAAUUACCUAUCACCUCGUCGAUUUCCUCUGAUUGCAAGGGGAUUUGUUUGUGUGAUGGUCAAGGUUUGGAUUUUAGGAACUGGUUGUGAAGACGAAAUAUAUAGGAAUGAAACUAAGAGAGCUGCAGGGUUUGACAUCUUUAAGGGGUUUUCUCAGGAUUGGAAGUCAUGAUCUAGUUUUGGUGCAUGUGGCGGGAUUAAUUUGGAAGCAUGGUGUUAGCGUCCAAAUGAGAAUGAGAUCCUUAAUGGUGAGGCAACAAGCUUAAAAAUGACAUCUCAACAAAAGCGGAAGAUUGGUGAGGGAUAUGUGUAGGCAGGCCAUGAGGAACUUGAUGCUGCCAGUUUGUGGGAACAUGAGGAAUUCACUGAAGUUGAAAAUAUUCCCAAAAUUGAACUUGGAAGAUAUGAGAUUGACACAAAGUCUUUCUCCUGCUUUCUUCCAGAAUAUAAUGAAUCUUUCAAGCUGUAUUUUUUUUUAACUUUGCGUUAUUUUUAUAUUAUAUUACAUAUUAUUAAAUUUGGAAACAUACAAAAAUUAAAAAUAAUGGUGGUCGGAGUUCCUAACCUGCCCACAACUAAUCUGAGCCAAAAUCUCGUUGGGAGAUCAUUUGUCAAGCCAUGAAUUUCAAAGAAAAAAGGUUCUCUUUCAAGUGUGUUUCUAUCACCAGGCAUGACGUUUUAGUGGGAAGAGACAUUAAAACAUUAAAUAUCACUGAAACAACACCAUCCUGGUCAUUGCCAAUGAUGGGAUUGAUGGAGCUGCCUCAGGUGGAAGAGAACGAUGGAUCAGUAGCACUGGCCUGCAACGGCACUGACCUGACAGUGAAUGGCAGGGAUCCCGUGCAGGAAGCAGUGGAAGGUUGGGAGCAGGGCGGUGGCCCUGCUGCUAGAGCUGGGCAUGCCGGCGAUGUGCUGGUGGUGCCACCAGAAGCUCCAACGGGGGGCUUCACACUCUUGUUUCAGUUGAGGGAGGAUGGUCGGAGAUCCAGUUUCUGCUGCAGUCUCAGGUAAUAAAAGGAAGGUCACAGAAUUUUGCUCUAGGAAAAAGAGAAGACUUACAGAUGAUAAUGCUGUAGUAAUUGCUAAAAUGAGGAGCAAUAGCAGCCUUCAGAAUGUCGAAGAUUCUGUUGGACGAACAAGACCCAAGAGAGGUGCAUUGUGGUCAAACUGUAAGAAAAAAUCUGUCAAAAUAAAUGGAAAAUCCUCGAUUGUUGAAACUAGACGAAUUCGAUUAGUGGAGGAUGAGGAAGUUGCUGUUGGCCUCACCAGACUUGGUUCAGAAGAUCACCCCCCUUGCAGGAAGCUUCUGGACUUCAUCUUGCAUGAUGCAGAAGGAAAUCCCAAACUACUUGAAAUGUCUGAGAUUGAGGAUUUAUUUAUCACUGCUUUUAUUAUGCCGUUGGAUGAUAAUUUGGAGAAAGCUAAAGGAAGGGGAGUUAAAUGCGUAGCCUUUGGCCGCAUUGACUCUUGGGCAAUUUCUGGCUAUGAUGAAGGCUCUCCAGUGGUUUGGAUCUCUACUGAUAUUGCGGACUAUGAAUGUGUGAAACCUUCUAGUUGUUACAAAUGUUUUUAUGAACAUUUCUAUGAGAAGGCUCAGAUAAGUAUUGAAGUCUACCGAAAAUUAGCUAGAUCUGCUGGAGGAAAUCCAGACUUGAGUUUGGCAGAGUUGGUUGCUGCAGUUGUUCGUUCAAUGAAUAGAAGCAAGAGUUCUUGUAGUGAGUUUAUAGGUAGAGAUUUUGUGAUCUGUCUUGGUCGUUUCAUAUACAACCAGUUAAUUGGAUUAGAUGAGACUUCUGAGAGAAAUGAUGCGAGCUUUUCCACAUUGCCUACUCUUCUGGCUCUUAAUAAUGAAUGCAGAAAUAGAACAGAUUUUAACAAGUCCCCUUCUAAUGCCUCUUGUGGGAUUUUGAAGAUUAAUGAGGCACAACAAUCACAAAUCAUUGAAGACGAUGAUCAGAAAUGUGCAAGGCUGUUGCAGGAGUGGGAGAACUGGAUAUCGAUGAAGCAGGAAAGGGCCCGUCAAUCAACAACUUCUCGGAGUCUCUGCACAGCUGAAAUUGCCAGUUACUAUCCUUUGCCUGCAUAUUACCAGCCAUCAGCUGAAGAAAUGGAUGAGUAUAUCAUUUUUGAGAAUGAUGCCAACAUGUGCUACCCUGAACCGCCAAGACGAGUUUUGCACAAUUGGUCUCUUUAUGACUCAGACUCAAGGUUUGUUCCCUUGGAGCUUCUCCUAAUGAAGCCCUGGGAUGAAGUAGAUCUGACUGUUUUUGGAUCAGGGAUUGUUACAUAUGAUGAUAAAUAUGAUGAUGAAACUGGUUUCUGUCAUGGGACUGAACCAGGCCUAUCUUCGCCAAAUUCAUUACGCAUUGAAGAUACUGAUGGGUUUCCAAUUUUUCUUAGUGCCUUAAAGAAGUGGAGGAUAAAAAAGUUCGAACCUUCCACGUUUUUCAUAUCUAUACAAACUGAUGUUGCCCGGUUUUGGUUGGGGAAGCCUGCAAAACAGUACAUUCAAUGGUAUGAGCCAGUCUUUAAAACAGGAAAGCUUGUUAUAAGCAUCAUCACAUUGUUAAGAGCACAGAGCCGCCUUUCAAAGCUUUCAUUUGCAGAUGUACUUAAGAAAGUUUCAGAAUUUGAUAACAAUCAUCCUGCGUUUAUCUCUCACAAUCUAGUGUUGGUGGAGAGUUAUGUGUUGGCUCAUGGACAAUUUAUUCUUCAACUAUUUUCCAAGUUCCCUGAUAAGGAGAUACAAAAAUGUGCUUUUGUCACUUGUCUUUCUCAUAAGAUGCAAGAGAGGCACCAUUUUAAGCCUCUUAGGGAGAAGAAGAUUGUUGUGCGUACAGAAGAAAAUCUGAAUGCAAGUGCUGCAGUGAGGGUCUUGUCAAAGAGAGAUUUGAUGCGAGCCACUUCUACAAGGUUGAUUAAUGAGAUCUGGCAAGAGUAUUAUUUACAUUAUUUUCCGAAUAAUUCAAAACAUGGAGACACCCAAGAAGUCAAAAAACAAGACCUUAAGAAGAAGGAAGAGAAUGCAGAGGAAGGUCUGGAGGAGAAGGUGCCUAAUAAAGAGGAGAAAUUGUCAAAACCUUGUCCAUCUACUCAAUCAUGUAACCCCAAAUCUAGACAUGGGGAAGUACUAUGGAAAGGAGAACCUACUGUAAAGACAGGCUCUGGGGAUGCUUUUUACAGACAAGCAGAUGUUCAUGGAGACCAACUUGUUGUUGGUGGGGCGGUAGUGGUAGGAACUGAUGAGUCAGAAGACAACAUGACCAUAGUUUUCUUGGAGUACAUGUUUGAAAAAGAGGGCACAAAAAUGGCUCAUGGGAGGAUUCUACUGAAAAGCUCUGAAACAAUCCUUAAAAAUGCAGGGAAUGAGAGGGAGGUUUUCCUGACCAGUGACUGUGUGGACUUCAAAUUGGGUGACGUUAAAGAAUCUGUAACUGUGGAAAUACGAUUGCGGUCAUGGGGGCAUGAACACAGAGCAUCUUAUUCUAAUGCUGACAAGAUUGAUAUGGCAAAGGCUGAAGAGAGAAAGAAAAAUGGACUACCAAUGGAGUAUUAUUGUAAAAGCUUGUAUUGGCCUGAGAGAGGUGCUUUUGUCUCUCUUCCUUUUGACAGCAUGGGCCUCGGAAAUGGGGUUUGUAAUUCCUGUAAGCAAAGAGAUACACAGGAGGUUCAGUUUGUUGUUUCCUCCAGGACCAGUUUUUCUUAUAUGAAGACUGAAUACAAAGUACAUGACUUUGUCUAUGUGAGGCCUCAUUCUUUCAGUAUGGCAAAAGAUAAGCGGAAAACUGUAAAAGGUGGGAGGAUUGUAGGGCUAAAGCCUUACAUAGUGUGUCAUUUGCUGGGCGUUGAAGGUGCCAAAAGGAAAGGAGCCACACCAGAAUCCACCCUUGUCAAAGUUAGAAGAUUCUACAGACCAGAAGAUAUUUCUGCUGAUGAGGCUUAUGCUGCUGAUAUUAGAGAAGUAUAUUAUAGUGAAGACAUUUUCAGUGUUUCUGUUGAAAUGCUAGAAGGAAAGUGUGAAGUCAGAAAAAAGAAUGAUCUCCCAACUCUGGACUUUCCUGCUAUCACUCAACAUGUUUUCUUUUGUGAAAAAAUUUAUAAUGCGGUCAACAAAUGCUUGAAUGAGUUGCCUGCCAAACACAAGUUUAUUAUAUCCUUAAACCGAAAGGCAUCUCACACUUCCUUGAGGAUGUUAAAGAGAGAGGAAAAUUGUGAUGUUGAGCCAGAUGAUUGUGGUAGAAGGAAAGAUUUAUCCAAGGAUGGCCGCUUGGCUGCUUUAGAUAUCUUUUCUGGCUCAGGGGGUCUUUCGGAAGGACUGCACCAAUCCGGUGUUUCAUUCACAAAGUGGGCCAUAGAAUACGAGCAGUCAUCUGGAGAAGCAUUUAGCCAAAACCAUCCUGACACAUUGGUGUUCAUUGAUAAUUGCAAUGUCAUUUUAAGGGCCAUCAUGGAAAAGUGUGGGGAUGUAGAUGACUGCAUCUCUACUUCUGAGGCCACUAAACUGGCUGCAGAGCUUAGUAAGGAAAAGCUAAACAACCUGCCAUUGCCUGGUCAGGUAGAUUUUAUUUAUGGAGGCCCCCCAUGCCAGGGAUUUUCUUCUAUGAAUAGAUUUAAUCAAGGCGCCUGGAGUAAAGUGCAAUGUGAGAUGAUUUUGUCCUUCUUAUCUUUCGUGGAAUAUUUUCGUCCAAGGUUCUUUCUUUUGGAGAAUGUCAGGACAUUUGUGUCUUUUAACAAAGGACAUACAUUCAGAUUUACUCUUGCUUCAUUGCUAGAAAUGGGUUAUCAGGUGAGAUUUGGUGUUCUGGAUGCUGGAUCAUAUGGUGUUGCCCAAUCCAGGAAGAGAGCUUUUAUUUGGGCUGCUUCUCCGGAAGAGAAACUUCCAGAAUGGCCGGAACCUAUGCAUGUUGUUGCUGGUUCUGAGCUGAGAAUAUUUCUUUCCAAUGGCAAGCAUUAUAGUGCUGUUCGAAGCACUGCUGGUGGUGCUCCUUUCCGUGCUUUAACUGUGAAGGAUACCAUUGGAGAUCUGCCUCCUGUUGGGAAUGGAGCAUCCAACGUUGAAAUUGAAUAUGCUGGCAAACCUGUUUCAUGGUUCCAAAAGCAAAUAAGAGGGAAAAGCCUUGUCUUGAAGGACCACAUUGCCAAAUCAAUGAAUGAAAUAAAUUUGCGUCGCUGUCAACUCGUUCCAAAGCAUAUAGGGGCUGACUGGCGCGAGCUCCCAGAUGAGAAGGUUGAAUUAUCAAAUGGACAGAUAUCGGAUUUGAGACCUCCCUGUCUGGUGAGGACCGCCCAUAGGCACAAUGAUUGGAAGGGACUAUUUGGAAGGUUGGGCUGGGAAGGUAACUUCCCAACCUCCACUACCGAUCCCAAUCCCAUGCAUAAGGUUGGCAUGUGUUUUCACCCUAAUCAGGACAGAAUUGUUACAGUCCGUGAGUGUGCUCGUUCUCAGGGCUUCCCUGAUACCUACACAUUUGUCGGUACCAUUUCUGAUAAGCACAGACAAGUUGGCAAUGCUGUGCCACCUACCCUUGCAUAUGCACUAGGUAGGAAAUUGAGAGAAGCAAUUGAUUCCAAGCUUGGUGACUGCUGAAUAAGUUUAAUCACACCAAGACAGAUAUUUUUGUUUUCUUUGCAUAAUUUAAUGAGAUAAUUUGAAAAUAAGCUCUGUUGGCACCAUUAUCACAAACUAUAAUGUUUCAAUUAGAGAACAAGAAUGCAUGUUGAUUGGUAAAAUGAAUAUUUUUAUAGUUUAAAUUUGUAAUACCUUGAAUUAUUCUAAAUAAUUUAACAGUUA